CACCAGCAGGGGACUCCAGCCAAUCAUUUCAUUGGAUGACACCUGUUGUGAUCUCAGGACCACUGAGAGGACACUGCUCUGUGUCAGUCUCAGUGUCUCUCUACGUGUGUCUCUCUGUGUGUGUCCCUGUCUCUGAACUGUUCCUCUCUGCCUCUUCACGGAACUGGAAACACUGUCGCGUGCUCGUCUGGCAACUUUCCACCCGUGAGGAAGUAUCGAGUGAAUCGCAACAACAGCUGGAGACAACUGCGACUCUUGUAGGUCAGGGGCGAGCCUUGGUCCUGUCAUGCUCCACGUAGCAGACUCUACUUCCCGUUAGCAGGCAUGGGAGUUGCAGCCUGAGCAAGCAGUGCUGCAGCCCACCUGCUGCCACGUGGGUCCUGGAGGAUCUGUGGCCGGAGCAGCCCUGGGAGCAACAUAGUUAUUUGGAAGAUGCGGCUGUUUCUACGCCGGCGUAUGUCCCCUCUGAAACUGGUGAUCCUCGGUGGGACUCUGUUCUUGGUGGUGCUGGUGGUUCUGCAGAGGGAUGUUGGCUCUGCGCCUGAAGGGGACCCCUGGUUUCAGGAGCUGGUGGACAAGAAGGACAAGAUGUUGGUCAUGGUCCGAGAGGCCGUCAACAACAUUGGUUUCCAGAUAAAAGCUCCGCAGCCGCAGCCGCUGCCUGAGCAGGAGCAGCCCACCCAGGACGUCAAGUGCCCUACUGGCUUCUACACACAAGCUGAACUCAAGCCUCACCUGGAGAGACCUCUGCAGGACCCCAACAGCCCUGGGGCUGAUGGGAAGGCAUUCCAAAAAGACCAUAUGAGCCCAGAGGAGGAGAAGGAGAAGGAGGAGGGUAUGACGCGGCACUGUUUCAACCAGUUUGCCAGCGACCGCAUCUCACUCAGCCGUAGUCUCGGGGAUGACUCAAGGCCUGUGGAGUGCGUGGAGAGAAAGUUCCGCCGCUGUCCUCCUCUGCCCAGCACCAGCGUUAUUAUCGUCUUCCACAAUGAGGCUUGGUCCACGCUCCUCAGGACGGUCUUCAGUGUUCUGCACACCUCUCCUGCAGUCCUGCUCAAAGAGAUCAUCAUGGUAGAUGACGCAAGUACUGCAGAGCACCUGAAGCUCCAGCUGGAGGAAUAUGUGCGUCCGCUGAAGAUCGUCCGUGUAGUGAGGCAGGUGGAAAGGAAGGGUCUCAUCACAGCAAGGUUGCUGGGUGCUAGUCUCGCUCAGGGAGAAAUUCUCACCUUUCUCGAUGCACACUGUGAGUGUUGGCCAGGAUGGCUCGAGCCCCUGUUGGCCCGCAUUGUUGAAGAGCCCACUGCUGUUGUGAGUCCAGAAAUCACCACCAUUGACCUCAGCAGCUUCCAGUUCCACAGGCCUGUGGCCACCAACCGCGCUUACAACAGAGGGAACUUUGACUGGAGCUUGACUUUUGGCUGGGAGGCAAUCCCAGAGGAUGCAAAGAAGCUGCGCAAGGAUGAAACUUGCCCUGUAAAGACGCCUACUUUUGCUGGAGGUCUUUUCUCAAUCUCAAAGGAAUACUUUGAACACAUUGGUACAUACGAUGACAAGAUGGAGAUCUGGGGAGGUGAAAAUGUGGAAAUGUCAUUCAGGGUGUGGCAGUGUGGGGGUCAGCUGGAGAUCAUCCCUUGUUCUGUGGUGGGCCAUGUCUUCCGCACCAAGAGCCCCCACACGUUCCCCAAAGGCACAGAGGUCAUCACUCGUAACCAGGUGCGCCUGGCCGAGGUCUGGAUGGACGACUACAAGCACAUCUUCUACCGCCGCAACAAGAACGCUGCAACUAUGGCCAGUGAGCAUAAGUAUGGGGACAUCUCCGAUCGCUUGAAACUAAGAGAGCAGCUGCAAUGCAAGAACUUCACCUGGUUCCUAAACACAAUCUACCCAGAGGCUUUUGUUCCAGACUUAACACCAGAAAAAUUUGGAGCACUAAGAAACUCAGGAUCUCAAACCUGUCUGGAUGUUGGAGAGAACAACCAGGGAGGCAAACCUGUGAUCAUGUACAUGUGUCACAACAUGGGAGGCAACCAGUAUUUUGAAUACUCAAGUCAUAAGGAGCUGCGUCAUAACAUUGGAAAGGAGUUGUGUCUUCAUGCCAAUACACAGCCAGCGCCAGUGAAGAUUGAGUUUUGUCAGCUGAAGGGGAAGGGCACCAGUUUGUCACCACAACAGGAGUGGGUCUUUACAGAGGAAAAUCUUCUGAAGAAUCCCAGCAGUGGGAAAUGUUUACAGCUGAAAGGAGACCAGAUUCAAAUAGACAAUUGUAAUCCUGCUGACCUCCACCAGCACUGGACCUUCAGCUGACACCCCAGUAUGUCCACCAAGUGACCUCUGGCACCUUCUACCCCCCUCUCCUCAGACUCGGAUCUGAGGAGCCAGUCCUACAAUGAGCCAGCAGCACUUCAUGCUGUGGAGCUCAGGGCAUUUGGCUAUAGUGAGUGGACUGAAAAAGAAGGAGGACAAUGUAAAGACAGUUGCAUCUGUCGAAGCUGCUAAGGUCCAUCUUAACAUGUUUAAAUUAAUUUAUGAUAUAAUCUCAGGAUAGACAUUUAAAGGUGAUGGGAGAAACCCUGCCCCCACACAGUGUGGACGUAGCAGGCACGAGUUAGAGCUUGACCAAAGGAUGAUGGCUGUGAACUGUCAUGAUCUUAAUUCAGUGAACAUGACAAUGAAUGAAAUGUGACAAAAUGCACAAGUGUCACUACAGAUAAGGAAGUUUCAGUUUUUUUUAAUUAAAAAUCCUACUUUGUGUCAGAUGAGUGAUUUCCUCUAAAUAAAUGUUCAUAUUUUUUAUCAUGAGUAUUCAGAAAAAACAAUUCUGGAGGGUAAACAAUGGAAAAAUCUUCUUUAUUAACAAGUUUCACCUGUUUUCACCUUUUUGUAAUUUUAUGAUCUUACUCGAAUUUUCUGUUUUGUUUUCACCAAGUGAUUGUUCGAUAAUGAUUUACCAAAUGAAACGUACCCUGAAAGA